AGCUUCCUCCUCCCCAGUUCUGGGCCUCAGCUGUCAAAAGGAUUUCACCAUGCAACUUUUUCAUGCUAGCAGUUGGGGCCAAGAAGCUAACAGAUGAGAAAAAGCUCUGAAAACUCCAGGACGACAAAUAGGUGUCCUCCUCACAGAAAAGAAGGAUUACUGCCCCAUCAUCCCCAGGUGGCCCUCAAAUCCAUUCUCUAAACUGCAGCAGCUGUUUAGAGGUGUCCCAGGUGUCCGCAGCUCUGUCAUCCUGUCCCUGUUCGGAGCAGAGACUGAGGGCUGCUGACCCGGACUGGCUAUUUUGGGACGUGCUGCCGGGGGGCCUUGGGAGGUUGAUGACGAAAGGAGUGCGUGCCCGCUAAGGGAGGGGACGCCCCGGAGCGUGCCACUCAAAAACAUGGUCCCGAGGCCUGCCCCUCAUCAGGAUGGUGCACGCGGGAGGGGCGGCUUUUUAGUGGCGCAAGGGGGCUGGUCGGGGGGCGUUUGGGGCGGUGCUAAUUGAUGAUGGCCGGGGCGGGGCGGUGCUGAUUGGCGGGGGGCGUGGUGAGGCGGCGCUGCGCUGAUUGGCUGGGGGGGGGGCGGGGCGUCUCCCGCCCGGGCCUAGAGCGCUGCCGGGGGCGUCGGGACUAUGUCGCGUGCGCGGAGCCACCUGCGCGCCGCUCUAUUCCUGGCAGCGGCGUCUGCGCGCGGCGUAACGACCCAGGUCGCGGCGCGGCGGGGCUUGAGCGCGUGGCCGGUGCCGCAGGAGCCCAGCAUGGAGUACCAGGUAUCAGGCGGGCCAGCGGGCCGGGGCGCGACGACACGUGGGCCUGCGCUGAGCCGCAGAACAUCCGGGCUCUGCUAGCCGAGAGGGUAUCGGGAGCCCUGGACUGGGGGACUCGGGGGGCGGAACAUCCUGGAGGCUGGGGGUGGGGACAGGGACCAGGAAGUUGGGCCCGGGCCGCCGGGUCUGGGAAUUCGGAGACUAUAGCGUCCCCGCCUCGGGGUGGGGAGUGGGAAGGGGCACUGGAGCUAGGAUCCAGAAGCCCAGAGGCUCAGCGGUGCUUCUGGAGUUCCAGCGAUCUCGGAGUCUGAACCGGCAGUGAGAGUGGAGAAAGAGGGCUAGGCUAACAGUGCUGGCACGGCAGGCAGGCCUGGUACUGGCCUUGUUGCCCUGGCUUGGCCACCGGUCUGCUGGCUGGCUGUGUGCCUGUGGACCCUGAGUGAGCCUUAACCUGCUACCUGGGCACUGUGGUUGCCAGGAUGCCGUGCGCAUGCUCAAUACCCUACAGACCAAUGCCGGCUACCUGGAGCAGGUGAAGCGCCAGCGGGGUGACCCCCAGACACAGCUGGAAGCCAUGGAACUGUACCUGGCACGGAGUGGGCUGCAGGUGGAGGACUUGGAUCGGCUGAACAUCAUCCACGUCACUGGGACGAAGGGGAAGGGCUCCACCUGUGCCUUCACGGAAUGUAUCCUCCGAAGCUAUGGCCUGAAGACGGGAUUCUUUAGCUCUCCCCACCUGGUGCAGGUUCGGGAGCGGAUCCGCAUCAAUGGGCAGCCCAUCAGUCCUGAGCUCUUCACCAAGUACUUCUGGCACCUCUACCACCGGCUGGAAGAGACCAAGGAUGGCAGCUGUGUCUCCAUGCCCCCCUACUUCCGCUUCCUGACACUCAUGGCCUUCCACGUCUUCCUCCAAGAGAAGGUGGACCUGGCAGUGGUGGAGGUGGGCAUUGGCGGGGCUUAUGACUGCACCAACAUCAUCAGGAAGCCUGUGGUGUGCGGAGUCUCCUCUCUUGGCAUCGACCACACCAGCCUCCUGGGGGAUACGGUGGAGAAGAUCGCAUGGCAGAAAGGGGGCAUCUUUAAGCAAGGUGUCCCUGCCUUCACUGUGCUCCAACCUGAAGGUCCCCUGGCAGUGCUGAGGGACCGAGCCCAGCAGAUCUCAUGUCCUCUAUACCUGUGUCCGAUGCUGGAGGCCCUGGAGGAAGGGGGGCCGCCGCUGACUCUGGGCCUGGAGGGGGAGCACCAGCGGUCCAACGCUGCCUUGGCCUUGCAGCUGGCCCACUGCUGGCUGCAGCGGCAGGACCACCAUGGUGCUGGGGAGCCGAAGGCAUCCAGGCCAGGGCUUCUGUGGCAGCUGCCCCUGGCACCUGUGUUCCAGCCCACAUCCCACAUGCGGCUCGGGCUUCGGAACACGGAGUGGCCGGGCCGGACGCAGGUGCUGCGGCGCGGGCCCCUCACCUGGUACCUGGACGGUGCGCACACCGCCAGCAGCGUGCAGGCCUGCGUUCGCUGGUUCCGCCAGGCGCUGCAGGGCCGCGAGCGGCCGAGCGGUGGCCCCGAGGUUCGAGUCUUGCUCUUCAAUGCUACCGGGGACCGGGACCCGGCGGCCCUGCUGAAGCUGCUGCAGCCUUGCCAGUUUGACUAUGCCGUCUUCUGCCCUAACCUGACAGAGGUGUCAUCCACAGGCAACGCAGACCAACAGAACUUCACGGUGACACUGGACCAGGUCCUGCUCCGCUGCCUGGAACACCAGCAGCACUGGAACCACCUGGACGAAGAGCAGGCCAGCCCGGACCUCUGGAGUGCCCCCAGCCCAGAGCCUGGUGGGUCCACAUCCCUGCUUCUGGCGCCCCACCCACCCCACACCUGCAGUGCCAGCUCCCUCGUCUUCAGCUGCAUUUCACAUGCCUUGCAAUGGAUCAGCCAAGGCCGAGACCCCAUCUUCCAGUCCCCCAGUCCCCCAAAGGGCCUCCUCACCCACCCCGUGGCUCACAGUGGGGCCGGCGUACUCCGUGAGGCUGCUGCCAUCCAUGUGCUAGUCACUGGCAGCCUGCACCUGGUGGGUGGUGUCCUGAAGCUGCUGGAGCCCGCACUGUCCCAGUAGCCAAGGCCCGGGGUUGGAAGUGGGAGCCUCCCACACCUGCCUGCGUUCUCCCCAUGAACUUACAUACUAGGUGCCUUUUGUUUUCUGCUUUCCUGGUUCUGUCUAGACUGGCCCAGGGACCAGGGCUCUGGAAUGGGAGGCCGGGAGAGGAUGUCCUCUUUUUUAAGGCUCUGUGCCUUGGUCUCUCCUUCCUCCUGGCCGAGAUAGCAGGGGGGCUCCCCGGGUCUCUCACUGUUGCAGUGGCCUGGCCGUUCAGCCUGUCUCCCCCAACACCCCGCCUGCCUCCUGGCUCAGGCCCAGCUUAUUGUGUGCGCUGCCUGGCCAGGCCCCGGGUCCUGCCAUGUGCUGGGUGGUAGAUUUUCUCCUCCCAGUGCCUUCUGGGAAGGAAGAGGGCCUCUGCCUGGGACACUGUGGGACAGAGGGUGGCUGGAGUGAAUUAAAGCCUUUGUUUUUUAAGGAAA